UUUUUCAGUUUUUAGUGUUUUUACUGUUCUUAGAUCCUCUGAAAUUCAGAAUUAAUUGUUUUAAGUUGUUUAACUACUUUAAUUAUUCAUCUUCUAUCUAUUUUGUAUAAUUGUGUAUUGGUUAUACUUGAUAAUUACUUUUUUAAUAGGUAUCUAUCAUAAUUCGUGUUUUAAUUCAAGAGACAAGUUACUUAACCGCCAAAAGGACGCAAACAAAGUAAUGAAUAAAUCAAAUAACAUUUAACAAGCGGCACUGUUAAUCAAUUUUUGUUUGACGACUGAUAUUUUUGACAAAAGCUUUAUUAAUCUUAUAGCAUCCAUACAUAAUAAUUUAUUACUCAACAUUCGUCCUUGUGAAGUUUUUCCAACGAUUACCUACAUAAGUAGAAUAAAACGAUGAGCGAUAAUUGUACUCCAAAAAUACUGCGCUCCACAGCAAAAUUACCAGAAACACCAGCCUUGGAACGUAUUGGAUAUGGAACAGGUGUUGGUGUAUUCAAUUUGCAAAGAAAAGAUCAGUCGCCAUGGGCAGCAAAAAUUAUCAGUCGUAAUGCUGGUAGAGAUCGCAAACAGUAUAGCAACCGUUUGCAGCUGGAAGCAAAAGUAUUAUCAUCACUUAACCAUCCCAAUAUAAUUGGCUACAGGGCAUUUGUCAAAAGACCUGAUGGCCGAGAAGUACUGUUAAUGGAACAAUGUGAACAGAGUUUAAUUGAUUUAAUUGAAAUACGCAAGGAAGAAAACCUUGGACCAUACCCUGUAGAAUAUAUCACAAAAGUUGCUGUGGACGUUGCAAAAGCAUUAGAAUAUUUACAUUCUUCUUUAGUAUUGCACGGAGACAUAAAAUCUGGAAAUAUUUUAGUGAAAAAUAAUUUUGAGAUUGUAAAACUUUGUGAUUUUGGUGUCAGUUUACCCUUAAAAGCUGAUGGAACAUUGCAUAAAAUCAAAGGCUGUAAAGCAUUUUACAUUGGGACUCCUUGUUGGUCCGCUCCAGAAGUGUUAAAAGGAGAAGAAUAUUUGGGAGCCAUCAUCACAAGUAAAGCUGAUAUUUUCAGUUAUGGUUUGGUACUUUGGGAGAUGAUGACAUUAUCAUUUCCAAACUCAAGCACCGCAAUCGAUGAAUCAUAUUACACUGGUAUCAGUGACGAUUUAGAUGCUCAUUUAGGCGAGCGACCACCAUUACCUGACAGUUUAGCAAGGGAUCCAACAUAUAAACAGAUUGUUGAGCUGUUCUAUAUGUGUACAAUGCAAGAUUAUAAAAAGCGACCUACAGCAAAACAAAUAUUGCAGUUUAUGGGUACUUACUAACCCUUAAAAACCAAUGUUUGAUCCAACUAUAAUUUUAGUACAUUUAUUCAAGUUAUUUUUUUAUACCUAUUGUGUUUUAUAUUUUAUAAGUGUACAUAAAAAAAACAUUUCAAUUGUGUAUAAUAUGUUACCAUAAAAAAUAUCUCUUAACUUAUGAUAGUUAUAAUUU